AUGCCGCCUUCUACAUCCAGAAAUUCAACAAUUUCAGGUCAGAUGACUGGACGAGUGACCGCCAACGGCCCCAGAAAACGCAAAGUGACCCUCCGGUUGUUUCCACUAACUGUGCCUAUUUCUCCAAUCGCCUGGCCGAGUCGAACUCCCAGCUGUUGGAUCAGCAAUUCCUCCAUUGUGGCUAAGCGGAAUAACCUCCGCUCGGCAUGCCGAAGACCCAGGUUCUGUCCCCAGCUGAAAGGAUCAGGUUAUAGACUGCAAGAAGUCAGACUGGAACUUUUAAAGGCUCUGUUGAAGACUCGGGAAGAGAACCGCAACGAAACGGACGUCUGCCGCUUAGACAACCGCUGGUUUAACCUCACGCGGGAGAAGGAAGAGAAAGUGAGAAAGAUUCGUCAUGAGCACAUUAAAGCCAUCAGAAAAAUAAUCGCCAAGGGGAAGAACGUGGAGGGAAAACUGGAGAAGAGAGACAUGAUCAAGGAGUACACGGACUACGAAUCGCAGACGUACGCCCCCCUGUCUCGAAUUGGUUACUUCCCGGACAACCAUGCCGACCGUUUCGUAGUGAGGAACCCCUACCUCAACACCUAUGAUGGACUACUGGAGCUGGAGGCGUCUCUCCCCAACUCCAUCACCCAGCCCCGGAUGGAAGCUCCGAAGCCCCGAAGCACCACCACGAAGGACGGGUUUACGAAACGGAGCGCCAGACUGGAGAUGGAACUGGCACAGGUCUACCAGAUCCUGCAAGAUAGAAAGUUACAGGUUGCGGAACCCAAGAAGCCGCUUCGUUUCCUCCAGAAGAUAUCCAAGAUGAUUGGUCGUCCUGCAACUCCAGCAUUAGAGGUCCCUUCACUGGUAGAUGAAGAGCAAGAGCUGGCCGUGAUUACCCUGCAGAAGUUGAUCCGAGGUAGAGCUGUCCAGAACAUGAUGUUCGAAGGGAAGGAGAAGCGCCUGGAAUUGAUCCAGGAGCUGCGCACCACUCACGCUCUGCAAGAAGACAAGCAGCUCCUGAAGAAAGCCGAGAAGCAAGUGAUGUUGGCUUUGCAGCGGCAGCGGGAUCUGCACGAGCACAAGGUGUCCAUGAUAGAGAAGCAUUUGGCUCGGGUGGAAGGAAGGGCCAUUGCAAACCUGGUGGACUUCCUGUCCAAAGAGCUAAUUCGGCUGCAGGAAGAGCGGCGGAUCCAUGCUUUUGCCAUGUUGGCUGAAAGGCAACGCCGGAUGCGGGAAGCCGAGGAGAGCGGGCGCCGGCAGGUGGAAGAGAGGCGCCGGCGGGAAGAGGACGAGAUCUUCAGACAGGUUGUCCACGUGCACCAAAAGACGGUCGACUCCUACCUGGAAGAUGUGAUCUUGAACAGCAUGGAGAAGACGGCUGACGAGCAAGCCAGAGAAGAGAUCCAGAAGGCGGCCAUGGAGAUCAAUGACGUUGCUUAUGAAAUGGAAAAACGCCAAACUCGCCUUCAGUCGGAAGAGAUUGUGGCUGAACUGGUUUAUCGCUUCCUGAUCCCCGAAGUGCAAAAAAUGGCCAUCAAGGAGAAAGUGAGGCAGGCCCAGAGAAAACACAUCCACGCCGCCCACCAGAUCAUCCACGGGACCAUCACCGAAGCCUUUGCACGAUGUGAAGCUUCCCAGAGGCUGGCGAGCCAAUGGGUGCCUCUGCUCGGGCAGGCUAACAGACAUUCUCCUACCCCACAAUCGCCCCCCCAUGACGUUACGGAGAUGCCAGACCAACCGCCAGCCGCCGCAGCUGAGCCAGAACCACCGCAUGGAGACGGACACUGCAGUCAAUGCUUCACAAUUCUAAUUAGGCAUGCCUCCAGAUUCGCAGGGGAGGAGCCCAGGGGCAGAUAAGGGGUUCACCUGCUGAAAUGUCUCCUCCCACCCUUCUGCCCAGCACUGCUGGGCACCGUUGGCAAAAACAGCAGCCAAGGUUCGAGAGGGUACCGCUCUUCCUGAGGCGACCUUCAGACCGCAUGAGGGGACAGGGAAUAGAAGGAACCCUCGGCUAGGCCAUAUAUUCCCUGGAGAAUGGUCUGUGUGGGGAGGAGAAACGCUCUUUUCCUAUUCCUCUGCUCCUCACUGUCAACGGCAGACGCUUAACGGAGAGCCUCGCAAGGCCCUUUUGUCCCCAAACAACAGCCCACGCAUUAGAGUUUCUCCCUCCUUUCCCCUGCUGCUUGCUGCUUCCUCACAUCCCGACCAGCGCAGGUAGAAGACUUCUCUGGCCGCUGUGCAAGGGGAAGCACACCCAUGAUCAUGGGUUUGUCCGUUCUAUUUAAAAAUCCCUCCAAAGAGGAGCUACUUUGUCUGAGCAGCAGCUGGGGCGAACCAGGCCUAAGCAAACCAGUUGUGGAAACACCUGGAAAGGCGGGUGGUGCAGCGGGGUCAGGAGCUCACUUGCCACAUAAGAACGCGCCCUUCCCUUCAGUUUGUGGCUCAAAAGACGCCAAUUGCACGUGUGUGUGAAGAAAUAAAGGCCAACUGCCGGCAA